CCUUGCGCAUGCGCAGUAGCCUCGAGGUAAAGGGGUCUGUUUUCUUGGUGGGAACAUCGGAGCUCAACCACUUUAGUUUUCCCUUUGUGCGCAGAACAGGAACCACAGUGGGAAUAUAACCGAAACAUGUUUGUUACCUUUGACUCGGAGACAGAAGCGUGAUGUUUUCAGCCAACAUGGAAACUAAGAGAGCGGAAAUCCCCUCUAGCGUCCUGGAUGAUCUGUGCAGCCGGUUCAUCCUCCACAUCCCCAGUGAGGAGCGGGACAAUGCUAUUCGUGUUUGCUUCCAGAUUGAGCUGGCCCACUGGUUUUAUCUGGACUUCUGUAUCCCAAACACUCCAGGAGCUCCUCAGUGUGGAAUCCGAGACUUUGCCAAAGCUGUUUUCCAUCAUUGUCCUUUUCUGUUGCCACACGGAGAGGAUGUGCAGAAGGUUCUCGAGGAAUGGAAAGAGUACAAGAUGGGUGUACCCACUUAUGGCGCAAUCAUUUUAGAUGAAUCACUUGAGAAUGUACUCCUUGUUCAAGGCUACCUUGCAAAAUCCGGCUGGGGCUUUCCAAAGGGGAAAGUGAACGAGGAUGAAGCUCCUCAUGACUGUGCAGUUCGUGAAGUGCUCGAGGAGACGGGCUUUGAUAUCAAGAAUUGCAUAUGCAAAGACGUGUACAUCGAGCAGAAGAUCACUGACCAGUUGGUACGGCUCUACAUCAUACCAGGAGUGUCCAAGGAUACAAAGUUCAACCCCAAAACACGGAAAGAGAUCAGAAAUAUUGAAUGGUUUCCUAUUGAGAAGCUGCCCUGUUACAGGAAUGACAUGACCCCAAAGUCUAAACUCGGGCUUGCACCUAAUCGGUUUUUCAUGGCCAUUCCAUUCAUCAGGCCACUGAGAGAAUGGAUUAGCAGACUAAAAGGUGAAUCAGAUAGUGAUGAGGAGCUGGCAAACCACAGGAUGACUCCAUCCAAGCCUUUAGACAGCAUUCGAUCAAAGAGCCGAAACAAUGCUGGCAUUGAUGAAUAUCCUGCAGAGGGGUGGACCAAACACAAGCAGCAGAGGACUCCAGGACAGAUGAACCAGAAUGAUCCCAACCAGAAGCUGGUUUUGAAAGGAAAUGCCAAAAAAAGACAGGAGUCUCCUUGUGUAAAAAGAGGAACUGGUGAAAAUGGAUCCAGCAACCAACAGAAAGAAGACAAACAGCCUCAACCCAGAAGACUACAAGAGAUGUUUGAGAGAGACACGACUCCAAACAGUUCCAGUUGCCAUUUAACAGCGGAAGACAAAGACUUUGAGCUCUUUGUUUCCUCCAAGGCGUUCCUGAAUUUCAAAUUUGACAGAGACACCAUCAUGAAAUGCUUUGAUUGACAGUCAUCAAAGUCUACCUUCAUAGACUUUUGAUCAUCAUGGACAAGGAUGCUUCUGUACAACCUCUUUGCCCUCCUUGUUGUGAGCCUUUAUUCUUUAACUUUUCUCACCUCAGUUUCUGAUGUAGCAGUUCUGUCAUCCAGCUGGACUUCCUCUACUCCUGACAUUACUGCAGCAGGUUAAGUCCGCAGGAGACUGCACUUAACCCAAACGGUGGCGACUGUUCAAGCUAACAUAUUUUCCAGUAAAACUAACAAUUUUAAACCCAAUAUUUUGGGAGGAACAAAAGGUAAAACAAUGUGAAAAGAACUGGUGUAAUAGUGUAGUAAAUUUGACCAUUGAAUCAGCAUCAGAUUUAUUGCUUCACGUCUUGAUUUUUAGACUUUAUUACAGAAUACCAUUUCUGUGGACCUAAAUUCAAGUCAAGAUUAUGAAUUUCUAAAUGUUCACAAAUGAUUCUGGAGUUUGUAGUUUUUUACAGUUUUGUCAACCUUAUAUAAAUCUUUCUGAGAACGUUUACUGAAGUUACAUACAAAGCUCUUCUGUUCUUUCAUACGUCUGCUUUGACAGGGGCACUUUCAGUGAAUGACAGAGAUGGAUUUAAAACUACAAACUGUUGAAUCUUUUCUAAAACUUUUCUAAAAAUGUCUGUCUUUAAUUUGAUGCUAAAAUUUGCCACUAGUUUAAUUAGGAGUUUUGUUGAUUGAGUCUGGCUUUUAACAGUUUUCUCUAAAAUAAAAAUGUUGUUCUGGGGAUUUAGAAUAUAUGUUCAAUACUGAGGAACAAGCUGACUGCAUUUGGAGAAUGUUACUAAACCCAUGCUGUACUGCUAAUUUAAAGUAGGAACAAAAUACUAAAUUAAGAUGUUUAAAAAUGUGAAUAACUAAAAUAUUAUCAAAUGAGUGAAAUGAUACAUUUCACAUUCACUGUGGUUCAGGAAGGUAGUUCACAGUACAUUUUUUUUUCACUUGAACUUAUAUAAUUUCGACUUAUCUAACAAAUAUCUAAAAUAUUGUUUUAAAAAUGUCAUUUAACAUUGAACAUGGAAUAUCCAGGUUAGUUUCUUUUCUCUACAUUUUUUUCUUUUGUUACGUGAUGUAUGUCUCACUCGUACUUGUUGGUUUAGAAGUUUUGCAUGAUUCAAGUGAUCCUGCAUGGCUUUAAAUACAUGAAACGUUUAUCAUGUUCAUGAUGCACAAGUUAAGUUUAGUUAAGCUGACACAGGUUGUCCUCUGUGGGGGAUAAAUGUAUUAGAACCCUAUCAAUAUAAAAUGAAAUUCUCUCUGAGAAGAUUUCGUUCUCUGUGAUUUUGUACUCGGUAGAUCUGAAAACAGAAGUGAGUGCUGUGUUCAUACCACCAGUGAUUGUUUCAGAGCUCUUUGAAAUGUUAAACUGUUUGUAAUGGAUUUUACCCAUAAUGAUCUCAAGUGCACUUGGUUUCACCAUUUUUUACUUUGAAUGUUAAACUUAAUAAAGUGUGUUUUUCACUUUGA